AUGGCGACGACGCGCGAGACGGACGCCUCGACGACGCUCGCGGACGAACGCGCCGCCCCGACGCCGCACGAUGGGUUCGAAUCCUCGGACGACGACGCGUACGUCGUGAAGAAGGUUGAUUUCGCCUCCAUGAGCGCGUCGGAGAAGCGGGUGCAGCGAUGGAAGGAUUGUUUUUGGGAGCUCGAGGCGACGCUCGCGCGGUGGUUCGGCGUCGACGCGAGUCGGUACGAGUUUGAGCAAAACUUGAAGGAGGAGGAGAACGAGCGCGCGGAGCGGGAGACGGCGAGUUUGAACGCGCGAAGCGAUCGGGCGCAGAGCGAUGCCGAGGGGGGGGGGGCGUGA